AUGAGAGAAGUCAUCAGCUUGAACGUCGGCCAGGCUGGCUGCCAAAUUGCCAACUCCUGCUGGGAGCUCUACUGCCUCGAGCACGGUAUCCAGCCCGACGGCUACCUCACUCCUGAGCGCAAGGCCGCCGACCCCGACCAGGGUUUCAGCACCUUCUUCUCCGAGACCGGUCAGGGCAAAUAUGUCCCCCGUACCAUCUACUGCGAUCUCGAGCCCAAUGUCGUUGACGAGGUCCGCACUGGCACCUACCGCGCCCUCUUCCACCCGGAGCACAUGAUCACUGGCAAGGAAGAUGCCUCAAACAACUAUGCUCGUGGUCACUACACCGUCGGCAAGGAGCUCAUUGAUCAGGUCCUUGACAAGAUCCGUCGUGUUGCCGACAACUGCACCGGUCUCCAGGGCUUCCUGGUGUUCCACUCCUUCGGUGGUGGUACUGGUUCCGGCUUCGGCGCUCUUCUCAUGGAGCGUCUAUCCGUUGACUAUGGAAAGAAGUGCAAGCUUGAAUUCUCAGUCUACCCCGCGCCCCAAGUCGCCAACGCCGUCGUCGAGCCCUACAACUCCAUCCUUACCACUCACACUACUCUGGAGCACUCCGACUGCUCGUUCAUGGUCGACAACGAGGCCAUCUACGAGAUCUGCCGCCGUAACCUCGGCAUCGAGCGUCCCAACUACGAGAACCUCAACCGUCUCAUUGCACAAGUUGUCUCCUCCAUCACUGCCUCCCUUCGCUUUGAUGGCUCCUUGAACGUCGACUUGAACGAGUUCCAGACCAACUUGGUCCCCUACCCUCGCAUCCAUUUCCCUCUGGUUGCUUAUGCCCCGGUCGUCUCGGCUGCCAAGUCCGCUCACGAGUCCAACUCGGUUCAGGAGAUUUCCAACGCUUGCUUCGAGCCCAACAACCAGAUGGUCAAGUGUGAUCCCCGCAGUGGCAAGUACAUGGCUACUUGCUUGCUCUACCGUGGUGACGUCGUUCCCAACGAUGUCCACUCGGCCGUUGCUACUCUCAAGACCAAGCGUACUAUCCAGUUCGUCGAUUGGUGCCCAACUGGCUUCAAGAUUGGUAUCUGCUACCAGCCACCUCAGAUGGUCCCCAACGGAGAUCUUGCCAAGGUUAACCGCGCUGUGUGCAUGCUCUCCAACACCACCGCCAUCGCCGAGGCUUGGGGCGCUCUAUCACACAAGUUCGACCUUAUGUACUCCAAGCGUGCCUUCGUCCACUGGUAUGUUGGUGAGGGUAUGGAGGAAGGCGAGUUCUCCGAGGCUCGUGAAGAUCUUGCUGCUCUUGAGCGCGACUACGAGGAGGUUGCUUCCGACUCGAUCGAAGAUGUCGAAGGCGAAGAGCUUGAGCACUAG